UGAACUAAUAAACGAAAGCUGGGUCUCAGCCUGUGAGGACACUUUGGAGAUUGAGCCUCCGGCCAAACGGGCUCCCGCGCUGCUUUUUUAAUACAUAGCACUGCUUCGCGAACGUGGUCGGAACGCGAUUGCUCGCGGAAGAGAAAUCCGCUCCAAUCGCUCAGCCAAAACGCAAGAGACGAGACAUCCGCCCCCCCCCCCUGUACCUGGACUCGCGCUGCGCUCUCGCUCUCCGCCGUUGCCAGGGCGCCCGUGUACGCGCUACGAGAGCGGAGACGCGCGGUUGCUGUACAGCAUUGCCAGACAUGGCGGCGGAUCUGCACCCCGAGUGGAUUUCUUGCCUCCCUUCCUCGUGGAGUUACGGGGUUACGCGGGACGGACGCGUCUUCUUCGUCAACGAGGAAGCCAAGAGUACGACCUGGCUGCAUCCAGUGAGCGGCGAGGUGGUGAUCACCGGACACAGGAAAACUCCAGACCUACCGACCGGAUGGGAGGAAGGAUAUACUUUCGAGGGAGCGCGGUGCUUCAUCAACCACAAUGAGCGGAAGGUGACCUGCAAGCAUCCUGUCUCUGGCCUACCCUCACAAGACAACUGCAUCUUUGUCGUCAACGAACAAUCCACCCCCAAAGUGCCACCGAAUGAGAAGAAGGAACGGCCUCUGAGCACCAUGAGCGAGGCCUCCAACUACACAGGUGGCUCGGACCAUGCAGCACUCCCAAGUAGCCCCGCAGGAAGACCUUCAAGACCUUCCAAAAAAGUCCACAACUUUGGGAAGAGGUCUAACUCCAUCAGGAGGAACCCUGGCGCCCCAGUAAUAAAGAGCAACUGGCUUUAUAAACAGGACAGCACAGGGAUGAAGCUAUGGAAGAAGAGGUGGUUUGUGCUGUCCGACCUGUGCCUGUUCUACUACAGAGAUGAGAAAGAAGAAGGGAUACUCGGUAGCAUUCUCCUACCUAGCUUUCGUGUAUCCAUGCUAUCAGUGGAUGAUCACAUAAACAGGAAAUACGCGUUCAAGGCGACCCACCCCAAUAUGAGGACGUACUACUUUUGCACAGACACAGCCAAAGAGAUGGAGUCUUGGAUGAAAGUGAUGACAGAUGCUGCACUCGUCCACUCAGAGCCAGUCAAAAGGCUGGACAGGCUGAAAGUGGAGCAGUGCGGGCCAGAGGAGGUCAACCACGUGGCCAACCACCGGCCCCCACUGACGCAACCUGAAAUCCAGAACAACGAGCGGAACCGCGAGGAGGACCAGGAACACGCCGCUGCAGUAACCACAGCGAUCACGGCAGAGGAGCAGAGAAAGCAGCAGGAUGCAGAGCGCUACGGUUUCCAGAAGGAGGGGACGGAGCGUGAACGGCCGCUCACAAAGAUCAACAGCAUCAAGCUGCAGCCGGCCCAGGCCGCCGCCCUCACCGCUCACAUCAGCUCACCACGGACGCCUACAGAGGUGGACAGAACUGUCCGGAGCCCUCACAUCAAUGGUGCUGGUGACCAGGGCCCCACCGAUGAGACCGGUGCCCCGCUCACACAGAGGACCCCCAACCAGGAACCAGAACGCACCUUGAGCAGAACCAGCUCCAUGCAGCAGCUGGAGCAGUGGGUCCGCACGCAGAGGGAUAGGACCCCGGACGACGACACCAGGAGCAUCAUUUCGUACCAGACUCUUCCCAGGAACCUGCCAAGUCACCGGACGCCUGUGAUGCCCUACUAUGGGGAUGGUUACCGCACCAUGCCCAGGAACAACAUGGCGCAGCGGGACAGCAUCUGCAGUAUGUCUCCUUCUGUGUACGACCAGGCCCUCGGCCCCUCGCUGGUUGACAAGAGGCGCUCCAUGCGUGACGACACCAUGUGGCAGCUUUAUGAGUGGCAGCAGAGGCAGUCCUACAGCAGGCAGCCGGGGCUCUAUGGCAACAUGUCCAGCCCCAAAACCAUGAUUAACCUGUCGGAGCACACCACCCCCGGCCCCUCCAUACCCCCCUCACCCUCCCAUGGUUCCCUGUCCAUGUACGGAGGGUACUCACCGCUUCGAUCCUACAACAUGAACGUCGGCCGCUCAGAGCUGUCCUUGCCCAUCUACCGCGGGGACAUGAGCAUGGACAGGCGGCAUCGGGCACACCUCACCAAGUAUGCCUACCCACCAGACAGGAGGUCUAUACCUGCAGGGAUUCCUAUACAGACCAUCAAUGCCCAGUCUCUGCAGGGCAAAACGCCUGAGGAGCUGACUCUGCUGCUGAUAAAGCUGCGGCGACAGCAGGCAGAGCUAAACAGCAUCCGGGAGCACACUGUAGCUCAGCUUAUGCAACUAAACAUGGAUGGAGACAACCCAAAGAACGACAUUCUCUCUCACCACCUCCAAAGAAACCUCAUGUAUUUGGACAAUCAGAUGAAGGAAAAUGACCCUUUAAUCGUCAUGACUCACACUUUGAUUGAGAACUCUGCCCCAAGGCCUCAACUUUACCAGCAAUUGAGUCCAGAGGAGUAUAGAGACCGCACCUACAUGUACAUGCCAGAAGAGGUGGACAUUGAUGCCAAACUCAGCCGGCUGUGUGAGCAGGACAAGGUGGUUGGGGCACAUGAGGACAAGCUCCAGCAGCUGCAUAGAGAGAAGCACACCCUGGAGACGGCGCUGCUGUCCGCCAGUCAGGAGAUUGAGAUGGGCUCUGAUAACCCAGCCGCCAUGCAGAGUGUCAUCCAGCAGAGAGACGUGCUGCAGAGCGGUCUGCUCAGCACGUGUAGAGAACUUUCCAGAGUCACCACAGAGUUAGAGCGGUCGUUGAGGGAGUAUGAGAAGCUUGAGGUGGAUGUGACUCUGGCCAAAAACAACCUGCUGGAGCAGCUGGAUGCCCUGGGAAGCCCACAGACGGAGCCUCCCAGCCAACAGCAUGUCCACAUCCAGAAAGAGCUGUGGAGGAUCCAGGAUGUCAUGGAGGCCCUGAGUAAACACAAAGCCCAGAGGUGUACUGCUGACGGGGCAGCCUUCUACAGCUCCAAACCCAUCUCCAACAAACACAAGAAUGAGGGCCCAGACUACCGGCUGUAUAAAAGUGAGCCAGAGCUCACCACAGUAGCCGAGGUUGAUGAGAAUAACGGGGAGGAUAAAUCUGAACACGCGUCUGACAGGGAACCUGCCGGAAGCAAAGGUGGGUCCUACCCAAUAGGGAUCGUCCCUCCCAGGACCAAGUCACCAAUGCCUGAGUCCUCCUCCAUAGCCUCCUAUGUGACCCUAAGGAAGGGCCGUAAGCCCCAGCCCAGGACGGAGCGCCCGCACAGCGCGGUGGAACAGCAGCUGUGUGCAGUGGAGAGCAGCCGACCCAGGAUGAGUGUGGAGGAGCAAUUGGAGAGGAUCCGUCGCCACCAGCAAGGGGCGCUCAGGGAGAAGAAGAAAGGCCUCAGCAUCCUGGGCAGCCAGGAGAACACGCCCUCCCGUAGCCCCUCAUUUACCAAAGAAAACCCCUUCCGCAGCAUGCAGUGUCAGAGCAGGCGGAGAGACGAGGCGAUGAGCAGCGACAUCCAAGAGCUUGAGGCCUCCCUUAGGGAGCAGGAGGUGGUGAGGGACCAGGAGACACCUGCGGAGGAGAUCGCCCGUCUCAAAGAGGCUUCCCAGGCUGAUCACUUCAACAUGGUGCGAGAGUUGUCCGUGCCUGACAAAGUGUUGAUCCCUGAGCGCUACGUGGAGUCAGACACAGAGGAGGCUCUGAGCCCUGAGCAGGAGGCUGACAAACAGAAAAAAGUGGAUCGCAUCAAAGCCCUCAUAGCCAAAAACAGCAUGCAGAGUUUGCUUCCCACCGUGGCGCUGAGCCCCGAGGAAGCCGAGGAAGAGGUCUCCGCAGUGCAGGAGAAGGAGAAGCUGAUUAAUAUCUCCUAUGAGCUGGCAGCAGAGGCCUCCAAGCGCAGCAAGCUGGUAGCAGUGAAAAGCGUGUUGUCUUCAUCCCCACCCCAUCCACUGUCUCCUAAUACACACCCCCAGCUCGCUGACGGGUCUCACUUCAUGUGUGUGUAGUAGCACCACCCAGGCUCUGUCCUCAGUAAAGACCUACACAUGAAGGAACCAGCCGUGGAGGUGUAAGGACGGCCCGCUACUGCCAUCAUGAAGCUCCCUUCCUGACGAUGCCGACACACACACACGCACACACACACACACACACACACACACAGACCACAGCGGAGUCAGGGGACUGGGGCCUUACCGCCAUCUUCUGUAUUCUUCAAUGUGACGAUGUGAUCCACCUUCUCUGUCUCCCCCCCUGUGGUUGCCCCUCCCUCACCCAUAACCCCCCCCCUCCAUUUGACAGUGGCUAGACAAUAAGGCUUUGAUACUGUUGCAGUUAUGCCAUUUUGUUCCUAUUAUUUAUAUUUUUUUUGGUUCAAUUCUCCUGUUUGAAAUUGGACUGGUGUGUGUGUGCGUGUGUGUACGUGCGUGUGUUCGAUGACCCGCUUUGUUCAAAACAGGCCAAGCCAAAAUUUUUACGUUCACACUUCACCAAUAGUUUAAUAUAGUUUUAAAGGACAUAUUUUUUAAAGAAUUUUAGUACACAUGAACUCUUUGUAAUUCACUUUGUUUUUGUUAUUUUUUGUUUUUUUUACACAAGGCGGUCAAUAGCAUCACCAACCUUUUCACAUUUGCUUGUUAAGUCUAAGCAACCUUAACGGUCUACGUAAGAGAUGAGUAUAUACGAUACAGUCGAUUUAUUAUUCAAGGCGGUGCCACUAAAUGGCUGACGGAGAACCGGAGAGAAUCGAGUCUUUUUACUUCUUUUGCCUCGGGUUGUAAUGAUCUAUACGCCAGACCUUCCGCAGUCCCUGUUGCACAACCGUCGACACACACGUGAAUGUCUUUGGCUUAAGAGACGCUAGGCUGGGGUUUUUUAAUUGCCGAGAGAUCUAUUUAAUCUGGAAUAAGGAAAUCUUUUUGAGAGUUUGGCUCCAUUUUAUGAAGUGUUUGGGUUUUGGGUCCUGGAACUGAAAAAGGAACAGCACAUGUAAGGAGCAAUAAGUAGUUUCGUGGAUCCAUGAAAGUUCUUUUUUUGUGUGUGUGUGUGUAUAAAAACUGUAAUUAACAGAGGUUCGCUGUGUAUAUAUUGUACAUGGUACAGCAGGAUGGGAGGACGUAUCCACUAUCCAGUAUACGGUUACAUACUAGAGCUGAUAUGCAAAUAGUCAUAUCCCAUCUGUUUUAUAUCAUGUUAAAUAAAUGUUGCUGUUCU